AUGGCACGCGAUACUAAGGUAAUAGUGUAUAAUGAAAAAAAGAAAUCAACAAAUAAGCAAUAAUUGUAUAAGUAUAUUUUUUGUUUAUAUUUAAACAAAUAUACGUUUAUUCGUUUCAGCACAAUGAACCUGAUACAACAAAUGUGUUGCAUAGUUUGACGGCUGGUGCUAUUGCUGGUGCUCUGGCCAAAAGUACUAUCGCUCCAUUAGAUAGGACAAAAAUCAAUUUUCAAGUAAAUUUUGUAUAUUUGUAAAAAAAAAAAAAAAAAUUGAAUUUAUUUAUUUGUUUACUUUUGGCGUGCAUUAAAAAAUUUGACGUACAAGUAUAUAUAACAAAUAAUUUUAGAUAUCCCAUGAACCAUAUUCAGUAAGAGCUGCAUUUCAGUUUUUGGUAAAAACAUAUGCAAAUGAUGGGUUUAUUAUGCUAUGGCGAGGUAAUACAGCCACCAUGACAAGAAUUAUCCCGUAUGCAGCCAUACAGUUUACAGCAUUCGAACAAUGGGGAAAGCUGCUAAAAGUUAAUUCACCAAACACAGAGUAAUUACAAAUUAUAUUAAUAUAUAAAAUUAUUGAUCAGUGCCAAUAACAUAUUAAUAUUAAAUUGGACCUAUAAUAUGUAAAUAGCUUAUCUAUAUAUCCACUAAAUACUUCUAAACAUUCAAAUUUUAAAUAAUCAUAUAAUUACAUGACCAUAAGUUACUUUAAUUGUAAUUUAUCACCUGAACACACAUUUGCUGCAAUAAAAUUUAAUACAGUAUAUUUUGGAUUUUUAUUUGACCCAGGGAAACUGAAAUUCUAUUCUAUAGUACAUUCAGAUAUUAUAAACUUGAUGUUAUUUAUGUUAAGUAUUGUUUGAACCUUUAAUAAUAUUGGUAUAAAUCUAGUUUAAUGGCCCAAGCUCUUUUUGAUUUUUUUUUUUUCAAAAUGUGUUUUUGUGUGUACAUUAAGAAUGUAGAAAAAAAAGUUUAACAGACUUUGUUUGAAAGUUAUAAGGGAAAAUUAGUUAGGGUAUUAGGUUUUGUUUAUUUCUUAGUUAGAAUUUAACAUUUUCAAAUUUUUUUUUUUUAUAUUAAUAUUUUGAUAACAAAGUUUUUUUUAUUGAGGUUGGAAUGAGUUUAUCUGGCUUAGUUUUAGAGGUACAAAUGUUCAAAUGCGCUUUGUUUGACUGAACUCAUUCAGAUAACAAAUUGAGGGUUAUUUUCUAUUAAAAUUGUCUGAGUGACCACCUUAUAUCUCUAGUUUCACUUUUUUUUUCGCCUUAUCCUGUUACCUACCCGACAUGGUUUUCAACAACAUACCCAGGGUUAUUUACGAUUAAAAUUGUCCGAGUGAACGCAGCGAGUAAGUGACCAAAUUGUAUGACUUGAUCAGCUUAUAUUUAUAAACAAUUUAUGAUCAUAGAGGAAAUAUAUAAUGUGCUAGUAGUACUUUGUACAUAAACACAUUGUAUGCAAAAUUCAAAAUAAGACCAUAUUUGACUAAUAAUACUUAUUCUACUAUUUUACUUAAAUAUUCUGUGUACAUGAAAUAGUUUUUAUUUGGUACUUGUUUGUGAUAUGAACAGUUCAAAUCGAUUAAUUUCAAAAGUUUUAAUGGAUUUUCAAAAAAUCUUUAUUUUAGAAUUUAGGUGUCAUACAUCAUGUUUAAACAUAUUACAAACACAAAUAAAUAAUAGAUUUAUGAUGAUUAGAAUAAUAUGUUUAUAAUAUUAUUAAUGAAAAUGUAAAAAAACACACAUUUGUUAUAUUAUACAUUACUUAUUAUUAGAGAGCAAAUUUUUAGGUUUUUAAAAGUUUAAAAUAUAAUGCUCAUAUGCUCUAAAAAAAACCUUAAAAUAUUCUUUUAAUAUUCUUUAAACAUAUUAAGUAUAUUAAAAUUAUUUUUAUAUAGAAUAAUUUAUAGAAUUGUAUACAAGUUACAAUAUUUAUAUUUACCAUUAAUAUUGCACCUCAAAAAAUGUAAUUAACUUGUAUCAUUUUUUUGGUAAAUUAUUUAAACUCAGCUAUAUUUAAAAAAUAAUAUGCAAGCAUAACAUAAUAUUAUUGUUUGUUUUGGCAUUUAAAAAAAAUAAAAUAAAAUAUAACAAAAUUAAAAUGAAAAACUAAACUAAGUUUAUGGUUAAUUUGAAUUGUUGUUAUAAUUUUAAACAUUUGGUCACAUACUAUAACCAUAAUUCAUAGAUACUAAAUAUUAUCACCCACUAAAAUCUCUUUAUGAUUUUGUUAACAAUUUGAGAAAAAUAGUGAACAAAAUUACUAAUUCGAUUACAAACAAAAACCUGAAUGAUUUAUAUCAUUCUUAAAUCAAAUAAAUAAUUAUCAUUUUCCAUGUAGUGAAAACACCACAACUCAAGAAAUGAAUAAAUAUAUGAUUUUUUUAAUGAAAAAUAAUACAAUAUAUUCUAAAAUAUGAAAAAUAGGCUGAAUAUUCUCCUAUCUCCAAAAUAUGCUCAAAUAUGCAAUAUACAAUUUUGUCUACAAAGUCUGUAAUGUAUAAAUCGUUUACAUUUUUCAUUAUGCAUAAAGCUUAUUACUUUAUCAGAUAUAUGUAAAAACCACCCAACAAUACUUAUUAUAUAUUAUGUUACUUUAACAUGUACGAUGUAUUACAUAGUAUAUACAUUUUUAUCAACCUAUAGUGUUAAUCUAAAUUUUGUUUAUUUGAACAUUUUUAUUUUUCAAUACAAACUGCCUGAAUUAUUUGUAAUUAGUUUCUUAUAGUGUUUGAAUCAUGAUCAUGAGUUAUUAUAUAUUAGUAUAGUCAACCUAUGAUUUUUAUCUUAUCUAUUUCGCCAUAAAAAAAUAAUUUUAAUAGAUGCAUAGGUUUAAUGUUAUUUUUUUUUUUUUAUAGACAUAAAGCAGUUCUUAAGUUUCUUUCAGGAUCUUUGGCUGGGGUAACUUCGCAAACUUUAACUUAUCCAUUAGAUUUGGCAAGAGCAAGAAUGGCGGUUACUACCAAAAAUGAAUAUGGAUCAUUGGGAGAUGUACAGUAUUUAUCUAUUUUAUUAAAUUUACUAUUAUGAAAAUAGUUUAAUUGAUUAUUUAGUUUAAACAAGUUUAGAGUAAUUAAGUAAAAUAAACAAGGGGAAUAUGAUACAUACAAUUAUUAUUAUUUAUUUAGGUGUUUAGAAAGACCUAUCAAAUUGAAGGCAUAAAAGGCUUUUACCGAGGUUAUGUUCCAACAAUAUUGGGCAUUAUACCUUAUGCCGGUACCAGUUUUUUUACAUAUGGUACAUUAAAGAUAUUUAUUAAAGGUAAAUAUUUAUAAUAUUGAAAAUGAUGUUGAACAAAAUUAUUUUACUACAAUAAAACUGUUUCUAUUUCUUAUUGCAGAAAAACAUGGAUAUGACAAUGCAGUAGUGAAUUUGGCAUGUGGAGCAGUGGCAGGUAUGGCUGGUCAAUCAUCAUCUUAUCCUUUAGAUAUUAUUAGACGGAAGAUGCAAACAUCAAUAAUUACAGGACACAAUUACAAAAACCUUCGGACAACAUUUGUGAUGAUUUAUAAGUAAAGUAUUUUCAAAUCACAAUUAUUAAUUGUAAUUAAAUAAUUGUAGUAUUGUACAAUUUUAUAUUUAUUUUAGAACUGAAGGAAUUCAACAAGGUUUUUUCAAGGGUCUAAGUAUGAACUGGAUUAAAGGUCCAAUUGCCACUGGAAUAAGUUUUGCUACAUAUGAUUGUGUAAGGAAAUUUUUAAAGGACAUUUGA